CCAGGCAAAAGUGGAAUGAUGACCACCGUCGCUCUCGCGCUCCUCGAGUCGGCCCAGGCCUUCACGGCGCCCGCGAUGCGCGCGCCGGCCCGCUCCACGGCGGUCACCAUGUUCGAGGAGGGCGACAUCGGCGUGCUGCCGCCGCUCGGCGUGUACGACCCGCUCGGCCUGAUCGAGACGCGUGACAUGCGCCGGUACGAGAUCAUGGAGAUCAAGCACGGCCGCGCCGCCAUGCUCGGCUUCCUCCACGUCAUCCACCUCGAGGCUGGCGUCCGCUUCCCGGGCUACCUGUCCGGCUCUGCGGGGCUCAAGUUCACAGACAUGCCCAAGGGCUGCUUCGCCUCGCUGGAGGCGGUGCCGGCGCUCGGCUGGCUCCAGAUCCUGGCGGUCGCCCUCGCGUGCGAGACCGGCUACGCCGGCCGCGCCUUCUCGGUCGUCAAGCAGACGGACGACCGCGAGCCGGGCGACAUUGGCGGCGAGGGCUGGGUGCGGUACGACGACCCGGGCGAGAAGGCGUACAAGCUCAACGUCGAGCGCCAGAACGGGCGCGCGGCGAUGAUGGGCAUCACCGGCUGCUUGGCGCACGAGAUCCUCGGCGUGGACGCACUCUACCCCACCGGCGGCUUUGGCGGCGAGGCGCCGCCGGAGAUCAUCGACAUGUACACCUCCUUCGCCAACUUCCCGUCCUUCGCCGCGGUCUAGGCUGUGGGGGCACGAGGCUACACGUCGCCGCAACACGCCGCUGCGCCUUUUGCUGCGGUGAUGUUGUCGCGGAGGAUCGCUGCUGUGUCUGUCGAAUGGGGCGGCGGGGCCACACGCCACCCGCAUAUAGCGUAUGCGUACUUUGCAUGGGAGCGCAGGACGGCGCGCUCCCGCGAGAAUUUCCCUCCACUCUGCUCGGUGCGCGUUUUCAUCGUUAACUGUUGUCUCUUUUUCCCCCUC